AUGGCUUCCUCAUCCGCAACACUAGACGGCAUCACGACUUCCCUAUCUGCGAUAAAACUAAACCCUACUGUCUCAUCUCCUCCGACCCAACCCGCACAAUCUUUUUUCGAAAAGCUUCCCCUAGAAGUCCGACAGCAAAUCUACCGAUACCUCUUCAGCAAACGCGACCCCGAUUCGCUCUCGGUCGGUGUCCGCCUUUGCUACCGCCGCACCUUCCAAGCCCUCGAAUCAUCCGCGCGGCCCAUCCUCUGGAGUCUCCUGUUGACAAGCCGCCAAAUCUCCCAAGAGGUGCGCACUUACUUCUUCGGCUUCUACUGCUUCAAUCUCAUACCCGCACAUGGGAAAUACGGCUACCAGAGUCUCCUCACGACCUUUUCGCUGAAGAUUGGGCAAAAUAACCUACGUCUUAUACGGAAGCUUUCGCUGCCUUUGUACUCUAUCCGUUUAUUCGACGAAAGAAACGGUAUGGUGGAGCAGUCUAGAUUAUGGUUUGCGUCGAAUCUUCUGGCGAAAUUCCCGGCGCUUACCCAUCUUGACCUUGGCUUGCAUGUGCUAGAGUGCCUGCCACGCGAUCAUUUGAUCUUCUCAAAGAAGCUACCAACGGCUGAGGAGGUGAGAGUUAUGAAAGAGUGGGAAUGGAGUGGUAUCGAAACAAACAUACCUCUGCGAGAGUGCUUUGAGGAGAUGGGUAACGCUAUACAGGGGAAGAACGUAGAGAUUGGGAUACACUGGUGA